UUGUCAAUAAACGCCGUUGUGCAAUUUGAAAAAUAAAAAAACCCUAGAGCUCAGGGCUUGUCAGCGACCGCUUCCGGCCAGCCGGACUGUGCAAGCGCCGCCGCGUCGGCCCUUCUCUCCAAGCAUUUUGCCGUCACGAAAGCCCCUUCCUCUUUCGCCGAUUUCAAGCCACCUGCAAGGCAAGCUACUCCACGGGUACGUAAGAUUGGAGCCAGUUGUUGUGCCAAUUUACACAACAACAUUGAGCAUGUUGGAGUUAGGAAUGGAAGUGGAAUCUGUAGGUAAGAGUGUUAUGUGCCUUCUCGAAGACCCACAAGGAAAUCCUUUGGACAGUCCCAUGUUCCUUCCUUUAACGUUUGGCCCUGAACAUCUAUUACAAGUUGUUAAUCAACUUCUUAACAAUGAGGAGAAGUUGCCAUACGCUUUCUAUGUGUCAGACAAAGAACUUAUUGUGCCGCUUGGUGUAUACUUGGAGAAGAAUAAAGUUUCUGUGGAGAAGGUGCUCUCGAUAGUUUAUCAACCUCAAGCUGUUUUCCGUGUCAGACCAGUCUAUCGUUGCUCUGCAACUAUUGCUGGUCAUAGAAACAAAAUAAUAUCGGUUUCCUUUAGUCCUGAUGGUCGACAAUUGGCCAGCGGAUCAGGAGAUGCUACUGUUCGACUAUGGGAUCUCAAUACACAGACACCAUUACACAUAUGUAGAGGACACAAGGAUUCAGUUAUUUGUGUUGCAUGGUCACCUGAUGGUAAACAUCUUGUAAGUGGGGGAAAGGCUGGAGAAAUUUUCAGUUGGGAUCCUCAAACAGGGAAGCAAUUAGGGAGACCACUUGCGGCCCAUAAGGGUUGGAUUAGUAGUAUCUCUUGGGAACCAGUCCAUCUAAAUGCUCCGUGUCGACAUUUUGUAAGUGUUGGUGAAGAUGGCGAUGCACGUAUAUGGGAUGUUGUACUGAGGAAAUGUGUUAUAUGUCUCAGCGGACAUAGAGCUGGAGUGACGUGUGUAAAAUGGGGCGGAGAUGGAAAUAUUUAUACAGGCUCCAAGGAUGGAACUAUAAAAGUUUGGGAAACUUCACAAGGGAAGCUAAUUCGUGAAUUAAAGGGCCAUGGGAACCGGAUUAACUCUCUUUCAUUGAGCACUGAUUAUGUCCUUCGUACUGGAGCUUUUGAUCACACCAGUAAGCAAUAUUCAUCAGCAGAGGAAAUGAAGAAGGUUGCUUUGGAGAGGUACAACAAGAUGAAAGGCAGCGGUCCUGAAUUAUUAGUUUCUGGAUCCGAUGAUUGGACAAUGUUCCUUUGGGAACCUUCUGUUGGCAAGCUACCAAAAACCCGCAUGACUGGUCAUCAACAGCUUGUAAUGCAAGCUUGCUUUUCACCUGAUGGGCGAUGGAUAGCUAGUGCCUCAUGCGAUAAAUCUGUAAAGUUAUGGAAUGGUACUACAGGAAAAUUUAUUGCUACUUUCAGGGGCCAUGUUCGGGAUGUCUACCAGAUCAGCUGGUCAGCUGAUAGUCGGCUUCUUUUAAGUGGCAGUGCAGACUCUACACUAAAGGUAUGGGAUGUCAGGUCACAGAAGUUGAAAGAAGACCUUCCUGGGCAUUCAGAUUGUGUUUUUGCUACUGAUUGGAGUCCAGAUGGUGAGAAGGCAGCUUCUGGUGGAGCUGAUGGAGUGUUGAAAUUAUGGAUGGGCUAGAUAACUUAAAGGACAACCAUCCGAAAUAGUAGUUAUACAUUAGUGGUGUGGGUAGGUACACGGAUUGCGCAGUUGGUUUUUGUAAGCUCUUUUGGAUGAAGACGUGAUUGUGGAAGAGCUUUUUUUAGAUGCUUUUUAUUAACAUGUUUGAAGGCUUUUUUAGUUCGCUGAUUUGAAUUUUUAAUUU